AUAAGGUUUCCAUUGCCAAAAAUCAUAUGAUUCCGAAUUUGAACUUUUACAAAGAAAGCUCGAUUUCAUUCUCAAAACCAACAAAUACCUUAAAAUUAACAAACGCCUAUGCAUCAGAAUCAACAAAUGCCUACAUCUCAGAACUAACAAGUGAAAAAGAACAAACGACGCUA